AUGGCGUUUUACACCUGCCGGAUGUUUGCCUUCCCUUCCGUCCGUGGAUCCCCCGUCCGUCGUGUUCAGCUGCCAAGUACAAGGUCCUUAAGUCUCCCAAAAUCACCCAAAACGACCAACGCAAACAUGCCUUUGUCAGUGCCUUUGUCAGUUCCUUUGUCAGCGCCUUUGUCAGUGCCUUUGUCAGCGCCUUUGUCAGUGCCAUUGUCAGUGCCUUUGUCAGUGCCUUUGUCAGUGCCUUUGUCAGCGCCUUUGUCAGUGCCUUUGUCAGUGCCUUUGUCAGCGCCUUUGUCAGUUCCUUUGUCAGCGCCUUUGUCAGUGCCUUUGUCAGUGCCUUUGUCAGCGCCUUUGUCAGUGCCUUUGUCAGUGCCUUUGGCAGCGCCUUUGUCAGUGCCAUUGUCAGUGCCUUUGUCAGUGCCUUUGUCAGUGCCUUUGUCAGUGCCUUUGUCAGCGCCUUUGUCAGUGCCUUUGUCAGUGCCUUUGUCAGCGCCUUUGUCAGUGCCUUUGUCAGUGCCUUUGUCAGCGCCUUUGUCAGUGCCUUUGUCAGUGCCUUUGUCAGUGCCUUUGUCAGUGCCUUUGUCAGUGCCUUUGUCAGCGCCUUUGUCAGUGCCUUUGUCAGUGCCUUUGUCAGUGCCUUUGUCAGCGCUUUUGUCAGCGCCUUUGUCAGUGCCUUUGUCAGUGCCUUUGUCAGCGCCUUUGUCAGUGCCUUUGUCAGUGCCUUUUGUCAGUGCCUUUGUCAGUGCUUUUGUCAGCGCCUUUGUCAGUGCCUUUGUCAGUGCCUUUGUCAGUGCCUUUGUCAGUGCCUCUGCUGUGCAUUGA